AAAUUGACAGAGGCCUUCGAGUGAAUAAUUUGACAUUCGUUUUCGUCGUAAAUAUGCGACAAAUAUUUGUUCCAGUUUUAUUGGCCUGCAUUUAAUGAUUAAGUGUUUAAUUAUAAUUUGGUCAUAUUCGAUUUUAUGACCAUUUAUUUGUGUGAGGUGUCUUCCGUAAGAGAAACAAUUCGUCCAGUCAGCUGACGAACGUAAACAAAGGGCAUGUCAUUCCUUGGAUUGGUGAAAUACACAAAAAGUGCCUUGUGAUAUCGCCACCAUGGACGUCGACGGUUCCUCUAUCUCUGGUGAGAUUGACCAGAACUUGCUGUUGCAGUUUAGUUGUAUGAACACUACUGAUAGAGAGGAACUUAUAAGCCAAAUGCAAAGACUUUUAGGCCCUAGUUUGAACUAUAAUACAGCAAGUUUUUUCUUGGAUAUGAGUAAUUGGAAUUUGCAGGCUGCAAUAUGUUGUUAUUUAGAUUAUACACUACCCCCAAAACUUCCAUCUAUGUCUUUGAAGGCAGCUCAAGCACAGGAGACUGCUGUGGGACCAGGCGCUUGUUUUGAACAGAACUGGAGUAUUGCUAACACUGGAGCAGAGGCUUGGCCUGGCAGUUGUAGACUGAUUCAGGCAGGUGGUGAACCCCUAGGUGCUACUCCGAUGUACAUGCCUCCCCUCCCCGCUGGACAUUCCACCACCAUCACCUUAAAAUUAGUAGCACCAACAACACCAGGAACUCACAGAGGCUAUUUCCAUUUAGUUACAGAAAAAGGUGAACAAAUUGGGGAUACCUUGUGGGUUGAAGUAACAGUGGAAUCAGAGAUGACAAUGGCCUUGGUAGAGCAGCUUGCAGCAUUGCCUGUCCCUAGCAGUAGGUUGGACGAGUCCAUUCCACAGAUGCCGUCACAAGACGACCAGAUGUGUUGAAAGCAGUCUCAAAUGUGUCUUAACAAAUUAUUCUUAUAAAUUACAAUGCCACAAGUUAUUGUACAUUGUUUUUCUCAAUUAUAGCAAUAAUUAUUUAUAAAAUAUGAUCUUGAAUUCAGCAAAUCAUCAUGAAAUUAUUUUUACACUGCAAUAUUGUACAUAAUGGUAAAUCAAAGAUUGAAAAAUGAUGUACAAAAUGUUAAUUAACUGUAAGAUGACAAAAUUAUGAAUUUGUUAAGAUAUUGUAAAAUUUUACAAAGUGAAUAAUGGUAUCAUUUUAUUAUAAUAAUUAAUGAGUAGCAUCACUUAGAUAUUUUAAGAUUGUUUGCCAUUCAUUAUAUCUAAGGGGUUUUAUUUUUAACAUUUGAAUUAAUAAUAAAUAAAAUUUAUCAAUGGCAGAUA